CUGCCAGGUUGGAACUCGGGUGCUUGGUCGGUGCUCGAGUCAAAGUGUUGUCGUCUGAUGAUGCACUGAAUCGAUCACUCGUUUGCAGAUUCAUUCUUCGGAGUUGUUGGUGGAUGAUCGAUGGGUGUUUGCCCCGAUGACUGGUAAUCCUGUGUUGUAUGCGGACGCCAAGAGGUUGCCCAAUUCCAUGUCUUAUUCUUCGAUCGCUUCGGGGAUCAAAGCUGCCAUCGCUCAGAAUUGUGUCCCUGUGGGUAAAUCUAUCCAUGCCUACAUGAUCAAGAUUGGGUCUUUGCAAGAAACAACCCUUUGGAACCAUCUCCUCAACCUCUAUGCGAAAGCCCACUGCCUCGACGAUGCCCGUGCGCUGUUCGACGAAAUGCCUGAGCGAAACUUGGUUUCCUACUCGACCCUUAUGUCUGCGAGUUCUGGACUCGGCGAUCCUAUGUGUGCUUUGCGCCUCUUGUUCCAGCUGCGCAAGGCAGAAAUCGAGCUCAACCAGUUCGUGUUUUCAGCCUCCAUUGUGGCAUGCCGGAAGCUCAGAAAGUUGGGUCUGGGCGAGCAAACCCAUGCCCAAGUGAUGGUCUCUGGAUGGGGAUCGGACUCUUUUGUCAAUGCUGCUCUCAUCGACAUGUACUCAAAGCUUGGUGAUCUGGCGAGUGCUGUCUCCCUUUUCGGUCUGUCUCCGGUCGAGGAUCCUGUUAUGUUCAACACGAUGGUUAGUGGGUACGUAAGUUUUGGUGCCCAUGAGGAGGCUCUGAGACUUUUCCAGCAGGCAAGACGGAGUUUUAAUCUCCAUCCUACAGAGUUUAGUUUUGGGAGUAUGAUUAAGGCUUGCUCAGAAUUGGAGAGAAGGAUCGGAGAACAACUUCAUGGGCUUAUUUUAAAGAUGAGACUUGAUUCAAACUGUUUUGUUGGAACUUCUCUCAUUGAUAUGUAUGGCAGAUUUGGAGAUACACAAAGCUUGGAAAUGGUUUUCCAGAGUGUACAGACAUUUGAUGUCACAUUGUAUAAUGCGAUGAUUGGUGGGUUAAUAAGAAAUGGACUUGACACUUUUGCAUUGGAUUAUUUCCAUGAGAUGAGGUCAAAAGGUUUCAUCUCAAAUGAUUGCACCUUAUCUGGUGUACUCAAAGCAUGUGGUGGUUUGAAGUCUUUGGAUUUGGGGAGGGCGAUUCAUGGGUUUGUUGAGAAGUCAAGUUUUCGGCAAGAUGUGGUAGUUAACACUGCUUUGAUUGAUAUGUACAUAAAAUGUGGUUCGAUAAAGGAAAGUUGUCAAGUGUUUGGAUGCAUGCAUAAACGGAAUACUGUUUCUUACAAUUCUUUGAUCUCUGGACAUGGGCAAGAUGGGAAUUACAGAGAGGCUUUAGCCCUUUUUAAUGACAUGAACUGUAAGCAUAUAGAUGUUGAUCUUGCUACCUUUGUUGCUUUGUUAUCUUCGUGCUGUGGGUGUGAAUGGGUCGUAUAUGUUCAUGCAAUUAAGCAUGGAUUUGCAUCAGACUUGAUGGUUAGAACUACACUGCUAGAUGGUCUUUUCAAAGAUGGUGCUGCCGACCAAGCUCUAGAGUUUUUCGAUAAGAUGCAAGAGAGAAACGUUAUUUCAUGGACUACAAUGAUAUCAGGACUUACACUAUCAGGUCACUAUUCAGAUGCAAUGAAGUUUUUUAAAACCAUGAUUUCUACAGAAGUAUCACCCAACAGUUUCACUUACUCAAGUGUUUUAAAGGCUUGUGGCCAUUUAGCUGGUCCAGAGGAAGGAAAACACAUUCACGCAUGUGUCAUAAAGCAUGGGGUUAUGGAUGACUAUACUAGCAGUGCUCUUCUGGACAUGUAUGCUAGGUGUGCAGCCCUGGAAGAGAGUAGAAGACUUUUUGAUGAACUAACAAACAAGGACAUAGUAGUCUGGAACACAAUGAUCACUGGAUAUGCACAACACGGGUAUGGGCAUGAGGCUCUAGAAAUGUAUGCUCUAUUGGAAAAGGAAAAUGUACAUCCGAACCAUGUAACUUUUGUUUCUCUUUUGUCAGCUUGCAGCCACCGUGGGCUAGUAGAAGAUGGAAUUCAGCUAUUUGAUUUGAUGGUUUCUAAGCAUGGUAUCGUACCAAGCAUGGAGCACUAUGCAUGCAUGGUUGAUUUGUUUGGCAGGUCUGGGAUGUUAGAUAGAGCAGAACAGUUGAUCAAUGGCAUGCCUUUUGAAGCUGAUGUUUCAAUUUGGGCAACGUUGUUAUCUGCUUGCAAACUUCAUGGUAAUUUAGACCUGGCUGAGCUAGCAAGAGACCAAGUUAUGAAAAUGCAAGGUGAAGAUGUUCCUACAGUUGUGCUCAUGUCCAAUAUGUAUUGUGAAGUAGGAAGACAACAUGAUGCAGAAAAUUUGAGGAAGAUAACAGGAUCACAAACGAGAAAGGAGCCCGGAUUUAGUUGGGUUCACGCAGCAGAAGAGCCUUUGUACAGUUAUGGUGCUACAUAGGAUUAAAAGCAUUUUAGUAAUGCAUUGGAAAAUUGCAUCCAGAGGCCUCAAUUCAAGCAAAUUGUAUCAGGAUCCAUCAGAUUCCUGUGGUGAACCAACUAAGAAGAGCUCUUUUUGAAAUGCAAGUUUGAGAGUCAGUGUUAAAUAUUGGCCACGUCCAACUGUUAUGCAUUGGUGAAUAGCUUCUUUUGUUUGGAAGAAUGACCAAGAUAUGGACCAAAAGGAGGCCAAAUUUUCUUUCAGUCAAUGUUCUGUUGCUAGAAAAAAGAGGACAAGUUUGUGCUCUUGAUCCCCAGCUAGUCAACAGGUGAACUCUGUGAUGAAAGACAGCUAUCCUUAAUAUGUGGGGAAAUUGUUAUCUUAAGUUUGAUUUAACUCAUUGCUGCAAGAGCAUACCAGUCAAAUAAGGACAAAGGUGAACUCAAGACCAAAGAACAAGCUCCAGCACAGGAAGUCAAAAUGUUCAAGAGUAUAGAACUGAAGAUUUCUGUGGUAAAGAUGUCAUUAAUCACUUCUUCUUUGUGAGUUAAGAAAUGAGGUUCUGAGAAAACUUCCAAUUUUCUUCAAGCUGAUGCAGUGUGGAGGUGAGAGCAAACUUCACAAGCUUCUCCUAUGUCAUCCAGGAUUGGAAGAUCAGUCAAUCAAAACUUGUGCUUCUAUGUUCGCUUUAUCUGUCAAGUCAUCACUUGAUUAUCAUAAUUGAGAAUGGCAAGUACUGUUCAUUUUAAAUGUCAAAUACUACUAUUUGAGAUCGAAUACAUAAAUAUUUCUAGUGGUA